AUGGACAUCGUAGCGAGUGUGAACACCGGAAAUGACACCGACGUCGACCACUUGAAAGACGUUAAAAUUGCUACAAAGACGAGCACGAAUGUCGGAUGGAAGCAGGACGCAAAUUUGGGACCAGUGUCCACGUGGACUAAUGCUAUUCCCGGUGAGGACGCGGACAUCGCGAGCCAGUACCACGAGUUGCAAUACCAUCUGUUCGAGCUUGGGUAUCCCGAGACCGUGGAUCGCACCCGCGCCCCUCGGGCCGCCAAGGACGCGCCCAGAGAGAAGGCGGUGGUGGCCGUGCUACACCGGGCCGGGAAUACCACGUCGAUAUGCCUGGAAGGCGGGCGUCAGGCGCCGGGCACAUUUUACAUGAUCCUGUCGUCGUCGUGGCUCUCCAAGGUCCCCUCUAGUAUACACCAGGGCCUUUACACUCUAUACGUGCACAAGGCCGUCACGUUUUACGCAGGCGGCGCAACUUACCUUGACGAAUUCGAGCCGCCGAGGCAAGCAAACUUGGAUUGUCCAAUGAGCAGUUCGUAUGACCUCCGUGAAUUCAUCAAUGACCGGCUUUGGUCACGAAGUGUCCUGUAUUCCGUUGGCAUAGCAACGCCCGAAACGCUCGCGUUCUGUUACAAACCGAUACACAGUCUGGUUGCUGUGCCUGCCAAUGCCGUCAUCCACGAGUACGAAAGGAACACCAGUCCGGAUUUUGUGGCGAAAGAAGUCUCAAAAUUCCUGCAAGAGUUGUCCAAUAACAACCGCAAAAGGAUUUUCAUAAGACCGUCCAAACGAACACAGCUGGGAAGCUCGGACGCCUCGGUUUUCAGCAUUGAAGACCGGUCCUGUAUUGUGGACGCGGUGCUGAAAAUGCUGAACGAGCUUCAAGGCUCAAACUCCGUUCUCGUGGAGGCUUACAUCGACCAUCUGAGCGCCGGAAGGACCGAGGACGCAAAGUACCUGUGGGUGGCGCCCAGCCCGGAUUUCGGCGUAAAGUGUCGAGCGAUCGUCUGCAGAGAUUUUGACAACACACCCGUCUGCACGCCGCCGAUCUGCAGUAUGUUCAACAAACAAAUCGACAUCAGAGGUGCUGAGACGGUACCAAUGUCCCUCGAAACCGUGCUGAAAACGUUGAACAUUGUCGACGAAACGUUUAUCUCGGAAUUCCAGACUAAAAUGCGCGCGCACGCAGAGAAGGCGCUUCAGUUAAUCAUGGACCGCGAGAGUAAACGGUCAGACGAGGAGAGGGUGGAGCCACGUGCGCAAACGGACCUCAUUGGCAUCGACUUCGUUCUUACGGAGUGCAACGGCAAAGUGACGGCAGUAGCGGUGAAUAUGGAUACGCACAAGUACAUCGGUUACGCUGCAGUGCGCGAUAAUUUCGCAUCAUUCGCGGACGGAAUGGUUGUAGAACAAAACAGAACUGUGCGACCAGUGGAAAAAAUUCUGAAGACAGCCGGAAACGAUAUCAGCGAUAAAGAUAUGGCCGUCUUGAAAGUUUCUCAUCCAAACAAAUUCGAGUGUGGUGGUUUGGACGGUAUGUCCGUUCGCCCGUUCGUGCGGACCGCUCUGACCAGAUCUCAGUAUUUCCUUAUGUCGGGGAAGACAAUACUGGCGUUAGAUGCGGGCGGAUUUCACAAGAGGAGAAUAUGGAGGAUGGCGAAGAAAAGUGGUAUAAAUCUGGUUAUGGUGGAUCCGGACCCAAACCACAGCAACAAGGACCUAAUGCACGUCUUAAUCCACUACGAUGACAAAGGCGACCACGCAAACGACAGGCGCCAUGCGACCGAGAUCGUCCGCCUCCUGAAGCAGCGAGACCUCCAGGUGGACGGCUGCCUUACGUUCUGGGAGGACGCGGUGCCAUUGGCCGCCAUGGUGCGGGAGAUCCUGGGAGCGCGAGGCGCCUGCGUGGAAGGAGCCCUUAACGCUAAAAAGAAAAGUCGAACGCAGUCGGCAGUGUAUAAGAAGGAUACACCAGUCUCCCACUUGGUGAAGACCUGCCAGUUUUCCUCGCCCAGCUACCUCAUCCGGGAACCCGCCGACAUCGACGCCAUCUGCAACCAGGUGAGCUACCCACUUAUGCUGAAGCUAGAGCACGGAAACAACGCAUUCGGCGCGACGCUCGUGGCGAGCGCCGAGGAGCUAAGGUAGCAACAUCGCGCCACCAUCGACUGCUUCCAAAAGGAGGCCGACCACCCUGGGU